AUGGAGGAGUCGUAUGCGUUUGGCUACUGGGGUGCUGCGAGCGAGGAAACUCUUCGUCGCGACUACCCGGUUCACCGUGCAUGCCGCGAUGGAGACUCGGAAGGUCUUUCUUUGUUGAUUACGAAUGGGCAACACUCGGGGCUGUAUGUUGAAGACCAGUUUUAUGGUUGGACCCCGGCCCAUUGGGCAGCAUAUUUUGGCAAAGAUUACUUGGGUGAGACUCCAGUUCACAAAGCUGCUCGGAGUGGAACUGUUGAAUGCCUCGGAAUUCUACAUGCACAUUGUGCACAAAUAAACAUCACUAACAAUAAUGGACACACUCCAAGUCAACUGGCAGUAUCCUGUGGUAACCAACACUGCUGUGUAUUCCUUCAGCAAUGCUCUCAGAAGAUGCCGUCAUCAGUCAAUGGUUUCCAUCAGAAUGGAUUCCAUGCAAAUGGAACACAAUACAAACCCAACGGUCACACAACGUGUGCUCACAGCUCACUGCCACGACGGAAAAGAGGUUUUACAGAGGAAGACAAUCUCUGUCAGUUAAAGAGAGCCAGGACGGAGGGUGUGUUUACUGGACUUUCAGUGGCUGAACCACACGGAAUCCCUGUAGAAGCUUAUCACGGGAUUCCACUUAACAAUAACUCAUCCAAAGACUACAAUUUCUUUCACAGUCAGAAUACAUUAAAUAGAGUUUUUAAUAAAAAUACAAAUGUUGAGUUGUCUACCGGAGACGAAGAAAUGGAAGUGAGUUCUCCAACUGUAGUCAAUGAGAAUAUAUCAAACAGUUUUGUAGAACAUGAACGAACAGUGCACGUACAACAAGGCUAUGAUAGUACAUUGUGUGACGCUUUACUAAUUGAUGAACAGUCAUGUGACCGCUCCACACAUGCUAUCAAGUGAUCAUAUACAAGACAAGAAGCUUCAAUAACAAAACUCAUAGACAGACUUUAAAAUAUAUUUCGCUGAACCUGAAUUAGAAAAAAAAAAACUUAUUGAUUUAUUUGUGUAGCACAGUGCUUGUUAUAAUGAGCUCUAGUCUUAUUAUAAUAAUUUUUUGCCGAAAACGGCCAUUACUGUUUGACUGUCUGAAAAAAACCGGGUUUCAAUUUCACCAGCUGACUAUCAGUGAAAGUAUUCUUCACUUACAGUUUAUGUACCUUUACCCUAGUGCAUAUCAGGAAUUAAUAUUAUGCAAAAUAUGUCAGUUUUAUGACAUUGCGUAACUGCCAAUCAUUAAAAACAAAAUGCAGUUAUCA